CACGGUGCACGUCGCCAUCUGGUGAACGGGCCGCUAGUCAGUCCUGUCAAAAUGGCGCUCAAGGCACAAGUCGGUCAAAAGAUUAUGAAUGAGGUGAUCAAGCAAAAGAAGAAGCCAACAGGUGGGGUAGAAUGGCGGAUCUUGGUGGUGGAUCAACUUGCUAUGAGGAUGGUAUCCGCCUGUUGCAAGAUGCACGAUAUCAGCGCUCAGGGUAUCACCCUGGUAGAGGAUAUCAAUAAGAAGCGUGAACCUCUGCCGACGAUGGAGGCUAUUUACCUUAUCACGCCUUGUAAUUCGUCGGUGCAAAAAUUGAUCGACGACUUCAGUAAUCCAACAAGAACCACUUACAAAGUCGCCCACGUAUACUUCACGGAAGCGUGCCCUGACGAGUUGUUCAAAGAAUUGUGUCACUCGCUGGUAGCUAAGCACAUAAAGACACUAAAAGAGAUCAACAUCGCUUUCAUACCGUAUGAAGAACAGGUGUUCUCAUUGGAUUCGCGUGAAACCUUUGCUUGCUUUUACGAUCCUUCUUUCUUCAAAGAAAGAUCAGCUAAUAUGGAGCGGAUUGCCGAACAAAUCGCGACACUCUGCGCCACUCUUGGGGAAUAUCCAUCAGUUAGAUAUCGCAGUGAUUUUGACCGCAAUGUUGAACUCGCUCAAUUGGUGCAGCAGAAAUUAGAUGCAUACAAAGCUGAUGAACCAACAAUGGGAGAAGGGCCUGAAAAAGCACGUUCUCAAUUAUUGAUUUUAGAUAGGGGAUUUGAUUGCGUCUCACCUCUGUUGCACGAACUCACAUUGCAAGCCAUGGCGUAUGACUUACUCGAUAUUGACAACGAUGUCUACAGGUUUGAGGCAACAGCAGGUCAAGAAAAAGAAGUAUUGUUGGAUGAAAAUGAUGAUUUAUGGGUAGAACUUAGGCAUCAGCAUAUUGCCGUAGUGUCUCAGAACGUGACUAAAAAUUUGAAAAAGUUUACAGAAUCAAAAAGAAUGCCACAAGGUGAUAAGCAGAGUAUGCGAGAUUUGUCGCAGAUGAUCAAAAAGAUGCCGCAAUAUCAAAAAGAACUGAGCAAAUAUGCCACGCAUUUACAAUUAGCCGAAGAUUGCAUGAAGCGUUAUCAAGGAAAUGUAGAUAAACUUUGUAAAGUGGAGCAAGACUUAGCUAUGGGUACUGAUGCUGAAGGCGAACGUAUCAAAGAUCACAUGAGGAAUAUCACACCAAUUUUACUUGACCAGACUGUAAAUCAUUUAGAUAAAUUACGCAUUAUAGCUUUAUAUGUUAUCAGCAAAAACGGCAUCACAGAUGAGAAUCUUAAUCGUUUGGUUCAUCACGCCCAAAUAUCUGUUGACGAUAAACAAACUAUUGUCAAUAUGGCAAAUCUUGGCAUUAAUGUUGUUGUAGAUAGUAAUCGCAAAAAGUUAUACACAGUACCACGUAAAGAAAGAAUUACAGAGCAAACUUACCAAAUGAGCCGUUGGACUCCAGUAAUCAAGGAUAUUAUGGAAGAUUCUAUCGAGGAUAAACUUGAUUCCAAACAUUUUCCAUUCCUUGCUGGACGUACAGCCAGUUCAGGAUAUCAUGCGCCAACUAGUGCACGAUAUGGACACUGGCACAAAGAUAAAGGUCAACAAACCAUCAAAAAUGUUCCUCGCUUGAUCGUCUUCGUAGUUGGUGGAGUAUGCUUUUCUGAAAUACGAUGUGCAUAUGAAGUUACAAAUGCAUUAAAAAAUUGGGAAGUUAUAAUUGGUUCAUCUCAUAUAAUUACACCGAAAUCAUUCCUGAGCGACUUGAGUAAACUGCACAUCUAAAUUAUUACAUAACUAAUAGAAGAGAUAACAUUCCCGAACUCCUAUUUUGCCAUUAGCUUCAAAUUCCAUCAGUACUACCAGUUAUGAAGCCAUAAAUGAUCUCGAAUGUGAAAUUAGAAUAAAUAACGAAUACAAAGUCAAUUCUUUAAGUGAGAGCGCCUCGUUCUGGGCAGAAAUGUCAAGCGAGUAUCCCGUAAUAUAGUUGCCAGCUGUAUAACAAUGAAAGUAUUCGUGUAUUAAUCGAGCACGAAGAGUCUUGAUCAGACCCAGUUAUCAAGUGCCUGCGCGAAUACAUUAAUCAUCGGAGAUCGUACGAAAUACUUUGGCAAUACUGAUGUAAAUUGCACGAAGCUGCAUAAUAGUAUUGAGCCUUUUGGUGGUAUUACAUAUAUCGAGGUAAUCGAGCCUCUAGUGAAGCCCUAGAGAUAUAUUCAUGCGCGUUAUAAAGUUCUUUGUCGAUAAUAAAGAAGGAAAUUUGAAGAAGAUCUAAAUGUAUUGUAGAGAAGGAUCGUAAUAUUCCUGUAUAUUUUUUGUUAUUAAUAUUUUGUUAUCUUUCUCUCGUUGAAACUUACUGUAUUCGAAUUGACAUUUUAAAUAUACAAUUGUCUUUGUUCACCAAACAUAUCUGUUCUAAAAACAGAUAGACAUCAAAUUUCAUCGUAAUUCACUUUAUUCUCUUCAACUCUAUUAUCAAUGUAACAGCGAUACAAAGUUAUUUAUUCAAUAUUAUUGAAUUUACUUAUUAAUGAUAUUGAAUGUAAAAUAAAACCGCUAGAUGUAUAUUGUCCGGCAGAUGUAUAUUGUUCUUCCUUUAUUAAUUUAUUUAUCUGUAGUUUCAGCAAAACACUCUUCAAUUAACAAAUUGCCAAUGCAGAUGCUACAUUUAAUGUAAUUCAUAAGUAUAUAACAUAUUCACGAUAUAUAAUGCUCUCUGACAAAUUCGAUUAGUAACUAUUUACUUCCGUUGAAUGUAAUACAGAUGCAAUUAUAAUAUAUCAAUGUAAAUGUAUGUGUAUCGCAAGAUCUUUCGCAAUUCGUUCUAUGAUUGUGAAGCGUUUUCUCUCGAUCAGAAGCUUGCACCUAUCGACGAAUAAGAUGAUGGUAAUAAUUAUUUAAUAUAAUGUCAAUGUUGCGAUCUACUAGUGGAGAGAUUAUUACAAAGUUAAAUGUUAUUUAUAGUUAAGUAUAUCCUGUUAUAUAUGUAUGUAUGUAGAUUAUAGUCUGAGCAGAAAUGUUCUACUCAUAAAGGCCUACGAUGCGCUC